CAUUAUGUCAAAAAAGAUAGGUUAUUCUAUCGUGACCUUCAAGUAAACAUCAUUUCAUAUUUAUCAAAGUUCUAAACAAUAAUGCAAAAUAUGGCUCUGAAUUCACCUACUGUUAAACUGUUAAAACUCUCCAAUUCAGCUUUAUCUGUUUUAUGUGCUGCAUAUCACCCCAAAGUAAUUGAUCAUUAUGAAAAUCCAAGGAAUGUUGGGUCAUUGGAUAAGGAUGACAAAACUGUUGGCACAGGAUUAGUUGGGGCUCCUGCUUGCGGUGAUGUCAUGAAACUCCAGAUCAAAGUUGAUGAAAAUGGGAAGAUUAUAGAUGCCAAGUUCAAAACAUUUGGUUGUGGUUCAGCAAUAGCCAGCAGUUCACUGGCUACUGAAUGGGUUAAAGGAAAGACAGUGGAUCAGGCAUCUCAACUCAAAAAUACUGAUAUUGCAAAAGAAUUAUCGCUUCCCCCAGUCAAAUUACAUUGCUCGAUGUUAGCUGAAGAUGCUAUUAAAGCUGCAUUAUCAGAUUAUAAAGUAAAGCAAAAGAAAUAGAACUUAUCCUUGGCAAACGUUGUGAUAUAUAAAACUUCGAAAAUGGUAUAGAAUGAUUUUAUUAGGUUAUAUUGAUGUAAUAUAGUGAAAAAUAAAUAAUUGAAACACA